AGUAAUGGUGAAGCUAACAAUAGUUGGUAGGGUUGAAGAUGGAUUACCUCUAGCACAAGAUCAAACCUAUGUAAAUCAACAAGACAACGCUAGUUUCUUGUUCUACCAACAGCAAGCCGAACUACUCCUAAAACAAAUUUCCAAAGACCCAUUGUUACAUCCAAAGAUGACCAUCUUGCUUGAUCAUCAUUCUUUCCACUUCCUGGUGGAGAAGAAGAUAUGCUACAUCGCGCUAUCUGAUUCGUCCUACCCAAGAAAGCUACUUUUUCAUUACCUGCAGGAUCUUCAGAAGGAACUUGAUAAUUUCGGUGAGACAACACUUAUCCAAACAACCUCAAAACCCUAUAGCUUCGUGAGGUUUAGUAAGAUCAUAGGGAGAAUAAGGAAGCAAUAUAUGGAUACGAGAACACAGGCUAACCUAUCGAAGUUGAAUGCUUCGCGGAAACAAGAACUUGAUGUAGUUACUGAGCAUUUGAAUGAUUUUAUGCAAAGACGACAACUCUCAGGCGUCUUUGGAUCGUCGAAUGUUUGUUUCAACCAUUUGGUGCUCACGAUAUCUUCAGGAUAUUGCGUUAAAAUGGACACCCGUGACGAUCAUUAUUCUCGUUAUUCUUGUUAUUUUCAAAUCAAGCUUGAUUAUGACAGAUGA